AAAAGAUGGUAUUGUAGGCAAGUCCGGUGAAAUAUGAAUUGUGCUCCUUUAAAUUUGGCUCAUUUCCAUGAGAGAAGAGCAGAGAAAUUGCUAAAACGUCACGACUUUGAUGAAGCCUAUAAGGCCAUAGAGACAUCGCUGUAUUACCUACAAGAUGCCUAUAAAAAUGCAAGAAUUUCUAAAUCUUUGGAAGUCUUAAACACGCAAAAAUGGGAUUACGAAAGAAAAUUACAUCAGAUUUCAAUGCGUAAACAGCAAUAUGAAAGAAUAAAAGUUAAAGAAAUCGUACCUUCGCCAAUAGAAAAUAAUUUAAGCGGAAAAUCGGCCGAAGUAACGAUAAUAAACAACGCUCAAAUGAUAGCCAGGUCCAUAGAUAAAACUAUAAAGGAUUUUGAAAGCAUGCAUCGUGUACAAUUGCAAAGUCACGAUCAUCAUAGUUCUCAGUUGUAUUUGAAUGGUGGAGUUGUCGAUAAGGAUAAAAAGUGCGAUUGCAAAGAUAAUAAACGAAAUUCAAGUUUGUUUGAGGAGCAUUCGCAGAAUGAAGAUGACAUGCCGUCACUUGCUCCCUUAGAAUUGCCUUCAUUCGAUUAUAGUGGUUUUUUAACGUCAGGCUUAGUGGAUAAAUUAUAUAAACGACCAGAUAAAGUCUAGUAAUUAAGUUUAAGGUUUGUACAAUUUUUUUUAUGUUUUUCUAGUAAAUCUGCACAGAAUUCAACAUUUUACUAUUGUUUAUU